AUGAAAAAGUUCCUGCUCAAGCUGUUUGGCAUAGACCAAGCCAAGAAGCAAGACCAUGACGCUCUCCCGGUCCUGGACCCAAGAGUGCGACCGCUCACCCCAACACCAUUGAACCAAGAAGAAUUCUGCCACUCUGCUAUCGAAGCCACAGCUCAGAGUGAUUUCUUCCAAAAGCUUCCAUCUGAGAUCCGAACAAAGAUUCUUACCAUGGCAUUCGGCGGCCGCACUGUUCACAUGGAUCUAUGGCAGGACCAUCCUGAUGUCGAGAUACACAAGAAAGACAACACCUCGGACGGUGCACACAUCCAUGGCCGCAAGCGAGUCUAUACGACUGGACGCCCGGGCUAUAACUACCUGCGGAGAAAUCUAAAAGAGCCUAAGCAGUGGAUCUGGCAGGGCUCCGUCUGCCACCGCAACGUGCCUGAACCUUGGAAGCGAUUCUGGAAGGAGCUGGAGCCGUCUGAAGACUUCUGUCGCUAUGGCGGUCUCGGAAUAACAGACGUGGGUGACAUCUGCGAAUUGUGGCAUAUGCAAGACGGCGAUGCAAGCUGCAACAUUGGCGCUAUGGGUUGGCUGCUCAGCUGCCGGCAAGCUUACAAGGAGGGCAUCGAGGUCCUCUACUCCACUAACACCAUCCAUUCAGCAAGCAAGCUCAUGCUGCUCAAUUUGCACAAACUUCUGCUCCCCCAACGUCUCUCCAGCAUCAAGUCCUUGGAGAUCAGCUGGACUUUCGACCCGUACCUGGGUGACAGUGAACCUACACAGGAGCCUUGCAGAGAUUUCAGGUCCUUUGAGAAGUUUCUCGAAGCCUUGCCGGUCUUCUUCCCGCGUGUCCAGCGUCUCCACAUUGCCAUCCAAGGAGAAGUCUUCCCUGGUGAGCGGAAGGCGAGCGGUGGCUGGGGAUUCAUGAAAGAUAUCUCCAAAGCCAUUGAAAUCUUCGAGAAGGAUAUACUCACCCCUUUUGAUGAGAUGGUCCACCGGCUCGGUCCCUGCGCUCGUGAGGUUACGUUGGCAUGCUCCGCCUAUCUGUACGCCCGGCUUCGAGGAGUCGCACUCGAGAACAAUGUAGCCAUUGUUCAGCAAAUCCACCUCGGCGCCGAGAAUGAGAGGCACUGGAGAGCCUUUCCCGGCGGUAAAGGGCCCAACAAUCAUCUUGGCGGGUACUGGGUGCAGCUUGGCCAGAGAGAUCUUAGCCCGGUCCAUCUCCACAUUGCCAGUUCCUUUGCCUUUGCUACCCCAAUUAUCCCUCAAGAGCAGAGGGCAUUUGCGUCCCCAUCUUCGCUGUGGUAUGCCGAUCUGCGUCGCUGA